ACAAAUUCUCUCUUCCGAAAUGGGAAGAGUAGAUGAAUUAGGGUUUAAUCUUGGGUGCUUUAACCUCCCUUUUCUUCGAGUAUAUAUGGAUUCUCCUCAACCAGGCAUGGAAUCUGAAAAGCAGAUUAAUGAUGAAGAAGUUAAGAGUGUAAUUGAAGUAAUGGCAGCUAGUGGGAAGUACUGGCAUGACUGGGACAAACUCAAGGGCAUGCUGUCAUUCCAUCUUAAGCAGGUCCUGUCAGAUUAUCCCGAGGCAAAAAUGACUAUUGAACAGCAACAAUCUUGUUUAGGAGAGAGCUUACCUGAGUUGGCUAAAAGGUUGGAUGAUGCUCUCAACAGCUUUGCUGAAGGCCCUCCAUUUACGUUGCAAAGACUUUGUGAGAUUUUGUUGGAUGCGCGGAACAUUUAUUCCAAGCUGUCAAAGCUUGCGUUGGCUCUAGAAAAGAAUUUGUUAGUUACAUCAACAUUGACUAUCUCCAGCGAUCCAUAUACCAUACAAAAUGCUGUAACAGAAGCAGGGACAGAGACAGAAACAGAAACAGAAACGAAGGGUUCACCAGUUGAAUCUAAUGGAGUUGAACCUAUAACAAGUGCAGGUGAUGCAGAUGAAGUAAUGGCUGAGGUAGAAGAGGCUGAAGUUGAGGAUGUUAUGACAGUUGACAUGGACACUAUUGAAGCAAUAGUCAGAUCAUCUGAAGCAGCAGAUACUACACCUACCAGUGAUUCAUAAUGCACUCUCUUAUUAUUUUCAUGUCAAAUACAGGAUAUGCAACAAGGUAGGUCAUGGUUCAGUUUAAUUCUGAAAAUGUAGCAGUAUAAUUAAAUGUGUGGGAGGUUAAAACAUAACUAUAAUUAAUGUCUUUAUGGAAUAUAUUGUUGCCUGUUUUUUCCCC